AUGGCGUACUUUCUACCUUCAUUCUUUCAAAAGCGGCUGCUCAAAUAUGCCAUCUCCCGCUUGGGACUCGUCGACACAGAGGCCCUGGAUCUGGACAACUUGGGAAUUCGCUGGGGACAGAGGAGCACAGUUGAGUUGCGUGAUAUUGGCUUAAAGCUGGAGAAACUAGCGACUCUCGUCAACCUUCCUACGACUUGGAACCUUCUUUCUGCCCGAAUCCAGCUACUCAGAAUCACCAUCCCGGCCGAUAUCUACAGCAGCGGAAUCAUCUUCGAAGUGAACGGUAUUCAUGUGCAUCUGCGAUGCUUGUCAGAUGAACCAUCAUCAGGGACGCAUGGAAAAUCAAAGCCACAGUCUCAUCCCAGUCCCGGGAUACACGGAUCAGGGGAGGGCCAGAUUAUACCCACACCGUCGAAUCUCGCAGAGUCUUUCCUAGAGGCUGAGCCCCAGGAGGAAAAAGAGGAACUGCAAGCAGCUAUCACAUCACAAUCUCAUGUAUUACAUCAAAGAUCAUCAUCUGCAGAAGAGGAGGAUGAAGAUGAAGAGCUUGGACUUGGAAACGACACACUGUCCCUUCCAAGUUUUGUUGCUGGAUUCCUUAAGGGCGUGGCAGAUCGGCUGCAGGUGAGGAUCAAGGAUCUGUCUGUACGGCUGGACAUGGAGUUGAAGCAGGACGCACCAUCCAAAAGACAACCAGAGGAAAAGCCAGAUGUUGUCUCCUUUACUCUGAGUGUGGGUGAGAUUGAUGUUUACGAUAUUUCUGGAUUCAUGGCUCCCGUGAACGACUCUCUACCUGUUCGAGAAGGAAAGAGGCCGGUAUCCUUAAUUGAUAUCAACCUUGGUCUUGUUGCAGAUCCAUCCGUGUUUGCAAAUUAUUCGCGUUUCAUGGCGCCUGUCUCUCCGACGACAACUAUGCAAUCCAAGGAAAGCCAAGCAUCAAGUAGAGCGCCCUCGCCCCCUCUCUUGGAUUCUCCAGGCUCAGAAUCCGCGCUUGCAAUGACGAGAUCAACCAUUUUCGGGCCACCACCACUACUCAGUCACGAAUACAAUGCAGACAACGAGGUUGAAGAAUCGAUAGUACUUUCUCACGAUGGCCGUUUCUCCGACGCAGAAUCGGAAACGGGAAACCCAUACGACCGUUACCUUGAAGACUCUCAGGUUUUUGGAAAUGAUGGCCAGUUUGGAGAUAGCCCUGGAUAUCUGCAAUCCAUGCUUGAUACUCAAUCCGAUAUUUCCGAUUUGGAACAGUACGAAAGGCAGUAUUCCGAACGGUAUCGAAUGGAUGGGGGAGAUAGAAGCUCUUAUUUGAGAAGCCAUUCAUUCCGUACCAACGAAGACUCGCCAGAAAAUGAGCCCUUGGAAUAUGGACACAGCUCUGUGGAUUCGGAAAAUCUAGGUGGAAUUUCAAUUCGUGGAUCGCGCCAUGAACCUCAAUUUGAGUCCACGGCAGAGGACGUGCCCGAACCACUGUAUCCUUCCUAUCGUCAUGAAAGCCCGGCUAUGAGUCGACUGGAUGAUUCAAGAAACUUGUCACAGCCUCCUGCACCACCCUCCGAGUCUGGAAGUGUGGCAUCGGAAUCAGCCGCGCCCAGUGUAGAUCUCAUAGAGUCCAAGUACUUUUCUCAUGAUGAGGCGCAGAGCUUAUACAUGAGUGCUAUGAGCCAUGGUGAUGGUCAAAGCUUCAUCCCAAACAUGCCAGGCGCAUGGGACUCUUUUGGAUCUGAUCAGCAGCAGUCAUACCAUCCUUCCGUAGACCAGUCCCAGACUGAGGAUGCGGAUGGUUUACGAUCCAGUCAGGAUAUGCAAGAUGAGACGACGGUAUCGACACCCAAGUUAACCGGCCCAACGGACUCCUAUUUCAGUGAUCAGAGACGUUCCGAUGAUCAGACAAUAUCGCAAUCUGAACUACAAGACAAAAAUUUGACCGCAUCUUCUGCAUCGAACAAGGUGACUGAGAUUAAGAAGUCUGUCUUCAGUAUUGACAAGAUAUUGAUUUGGAUACCUUCCCCAGUCGAGAAUGAAUCUGUAGAACAUCCAUCCCCUCAGCUGUCUUCCGCAGGAGCAGACGCAGAUUCCAAUGAUCUUGCAUAUGGUGUCGAGGAGAGCAUGUUCGCUUCCAAGGCAUACGCUUCAACCAAGUUUCACAAAUUGCCAGUCGAUUCUCGGACGCUCCCUGAGACGGACAACUCAGGCCACCGCCAGAAUCCCAGCAUCGAUGACCGGCAUAAAUUGGAGGUUGAAGUGUUUUCAGCUGCAGCUCAUUUUGACAUAGCCACUGGCUGGUUGUUGAUCAAAGCAGCACAACUGAUGAUAUCACAAGUUGCUAAUGUCCCAGCGAAUGAUCAACCUCAUGAACCAUCGGCCACAGACGCAGCUCCCCAACAGACACCCUUGAAUGUAACAAUUCACAAAAUCUCUCUCAAGUUUGUUGAGCAUGUACCGGGUCAUCCAUAUUCACCUGCAUAUCCUGAUUCUCUGCCCUUGAGCCAACCCAUUCCAUCGGAGGAUACUGUUCUCCAGAUUGGAGUGACGGAACUCAAGAUGAAUUUGUCGGCAGAUGGGAAGCGAACUCAUCUCGGUCUCACCGUCUCGAAAUUUAACUUCGGAUUUGCUUCCGAGGAUUUGAUAUCAUUCAAUGAGUCCCUCAAAAUGCGUGAAUCGACAAGAGAUCUUACAACAUCCUCCCAAAAUGACAUCUCUCUAUCAUUAGUAAAGUCGGCGGACUCCAUCAAGGUGGAAACUAACACCCUUCCUAUUCACAUCAACCUCAACAUACAGCGAUUGGAAGAAGUUUUGGGCUGGGUGGGUGGAUUGAGUACCAUCCUCGAACUCGGGAGCUCCAUAUCCUCUGCGUCUACAAUGAAAGGAGGAAACAAAGUUCCAAACAAACGGCCACGUGGUGUUCAUUUCGAGACUCCAGCCCCAGAAAAUGACAAGGGAUCCACAUCUGCAGUUCCAGUCAAGGUCAACAUGCGACUUGGUGGAAUCGUCCUGGACGUCACGGGUGAAACCCAUUACUUAACCCUUUCCACAACCGCCGUGAAAUUUGUCAGCAGAUUCGAGGGAAUUGGCAUUCAAAUUGACAAAGCAAGCCUCAAUGGGCCACUUUCUCUUCAUGAUUUAUCAGACUCACCAGCCAAAGUGACCCUGAACAACAUCCGUGUCGAAUUUCUCUUUGCCCCUAAAGAAACCGACCUUGAUCGCUUGUUGACCCUUAUCACUCCAUCUCAAGACAAAUAUGAUGACGAUGACGAUAUUAUGGUCGACACUCUUCUGCGUCAAAGGCGACAGGGAUCUGUGCUUCGCACGACAAUCAGCGGUUUGAAAACAACGGUGUCUAGUAUUGAGGGCCUAGCUCCUCUGGCAGCCCUGGGAGCAGAGUUGGGUCGGCUUUCAAAUGUCACUAAAUAUCUCCCGGAAGAUGACCGUCCAGGUCUUCUUACCCUGACUCUGGUUCGCGAGUUCAACGUCAAUGUUCAUGUCGGAGGAGAUGUUGGAAACAUGAAUGCUCGUCUAACCAAUGUGGAAGCUGCCUGGAUCAGCAUGCCUUCUCUUAUUGCGACUCAGAUCAGUAGCAUUAUUCUCGUUCGAAACGAGACUGAAGAGCUUGUGGGUGAAGCCUUGCUUCCCGAGAAAGCUCAAGGCACAAUUCAGCCUCAGCCCCCUGUCUUCAUGGCUCGGUUUAUCCCGGACGAAAUGGAUCCAACCUUCAAGAUCAAGCUCCACCAUCUUCGCGUGGAAUAUACCGUUCCUUCAGUUAUGGCAUUCCUUGGGCUGGGCCACGAUACUACGGGGGCAGACUUGACCAGCGAAAUGGCGAGCUCGAUUGCCAAUCUUGCUGAGCAGUCCAUUCGAGCGACUGAGAUGUCAUGUCAGUCUCCGACGAUAUCAAAUGCAUCCAAAUCACCCGCAAAACCCAUGAACCUUGCACUUGUGUUCAGAGACUCUGUUAUUGGACUAAAUCCUCGAGGUUCGCCAGCAAAUGGAUUGUUUGUUCUUUCAAAUGCUAAAUUCAGUGGUACGAUGCACAGCCAAGAGUCAUCCGAAGCCACAUUGGACAUCAGGAAAGCGACCGUCAUGAUCAUUGACGACGUGUCAAAUGUUGGCCGGACGGACAAUCUUCAUCAGCGCAAAUCUGCCGUCACCCACAGCGAUCAAGCAUCGGCUUAUAUUGGCGAAGGAUACGUCCCGGUGACGACUAUCUCCUCAGCCACCGCUGUGGUGAAGGUGAUGCAACUGGCCACCGACGGAACAAAGUCCCUCGAUGUUGAGUUCAGGGAUGAUCUUUUGAUACUCGAGACAUGUGCCGACUCUACUCAGACCCUAGUUGGUAUUUUGAAUGGCUUGCAGCCUCCAACUCCGCCAAGUGUUGUGGCCAAAUAUCGAACGGAAAUCAUGCCAAUUACGGAUAUGAUAGCUUCUCUUACAGGCGAUGCGUUCUCAGCCGACGGAAACCUUCCCGCUCAGGGGAACAGUGACAUAGACCUCGACAACGAGGAAUAUCUCCUGGAUGACCAGCUUAAGAGUGAGGCUGACUACGUUAUCGAUUUCUCCCCACAGAAUAGCUCUGGAACUGACGAGGAGCCUGAACUUCUGGGAGUGCCCGAUUCUGAUGAACUCCUUGACAGCUUCCAUUCUCAGCGCCAGGUCUCGUCUAGCAUCUCAGAACUAGAAUUUCGGGAAGACCACUUUGCCAGACAGUCUGCUGUCGGCGGCACUGCUCACCGAUGGGACUCGACUCACAACACAUAUGGUCUUUCUAAUGACCUAAAACUUCAACAGAGCCCUCUUCGUCUGAGAGUACGUGACAUGCAUAUUAUCUGGAACUUAUUUGAUGGCUAUGACUGGCAAAGAACCCGAGAUACCAUCUCCAAAGCAGUCAGGGACGUCGAAACCAAAGCCACAGAGCGGCGAGCGCGGGCUACUCGAUUGUCACCCGAGGUCGAAGAGGAGGAAGAAUCUGUCAUUGGUGAUUUCCUCUUCAACUCUAUCUACAUCGGCAUUCCAGCGAACAAGGACCCACGUGAGCUUCACCGUGAAAUCAACAGAGACAUCAAUGAUUUGGCAAGUGAAACCGGAAGCUAUGCGACGACCACCACGGUUACAGGCGCUACUAGUCGUCCGGGUGGUCGACCAGAAAGAGAGAAGAAGCUGCGUCUUCACCGAAGCAAACAUCAUAAAAUGACAUUCGAGCUCAAGGGUGUCUGUGCUGACUUGGUCGUGUUCCCACCGGGCUCCGGAGAGACUCAAAGCUCCUUGGAUGUGCGCGUGGGAGAUCUGGAAAUAUUCGAUCAUGUGCCUACUUCGACUUGGAAGAAGUUUGCGACCUACAUGCACGAGGCUGGAGAGAGAGAAAGUGGAACGAGUAUGGUUCAUCUUGAAAUUCUCACAGUCAAACCUGUUGCAGAACUUGCUGCUUCGGAGAUUGUCCUCAAGGCCACUAUUUUACCUCUUCGCUUGAUUGUUGACCAGGAUGCUUUGGAAUUUAUGAGUCGCUUCUUUGAGUUCAGGGACGAGUCCGUCGAAGACGUUGGGACCCCAGGAGAUGUUCCAUUCUUACAGCGAGUUGAGGUGAAUUCGAUCAAGGUGAAGCUAGACUUCAAGCCCAAGAGGGUGGAUUACGCUGGACUCCGAUCCGGCCGUACGACCGAGUUCAUGAACUUCUUCAUUCUGGAAGAAUCCGAUAUGGUUCUACGACAUGCCAUUAUUUAUGGCGUGUCUGGGUUUGAUCGUCUCGGCGUAACCCUGAAUGACAUCUGGAUGCCUGAUGUCAAACGUAACCAGCUACCUGGCGUUCUCGCAGGUGUUGCACCUCUCCGCUCACUAGUCAAUGUGGGUGGUGGUGUAAGGGACCUGGUCGUUGUUCCAAUGCGAGAAUACAGGAAAGAUGGCCGCAUCGUCCGCAGCAUCCAGAAGGGGGCAUUGGCAUUUGCCAAAACCACAUCUAAUGAGCUAGUUAAGCUGGGUGCCAAGUUGGCCAUUGGCACUCAGACUGUUCUUCAGGGUGCGGAAGACCUGUUGACCUCACCCAAUGCCCCUGUCAGUGCUGCGGAUGACGAGCGAGAUGAUGAGGAAGAAGUCAAGAAGAUCUCUCUUUAUGCCGAUCAACCCAUCGGUGUGGCUCAAGGUCUUCGGGGUGCUUUCCGAGGACUGGAACGAGAUCUUCUUCUCGCCCGGGAUGCUGUGGUCGCUGUUCCCGGUGAGGUUGUCGAGAGUGGAAGCGCCAAAGCAGCGGCCAAGGCUGUUUUAAAGCGUGCUCCGACAGUCAUCCUGCGGCCUGCCAUUGGCAUAUCCAAGGCCGUGGGCCAGACCCUUCUGGGUGCUGGUAACUCAUUGGAUCCAAGUAACCGGCGAAAAAUGGAAGAUAAAUAUAAACGCCACUGA